AGAGCGCGGAGGAGUUACAGAGAGACGGAGGGAGGAGAGAGAGCAAGAGAAGGGACAGGCAGCACCAGCAGAGAGAGAGAAGAAGAAAGAGGGAGAGAGAGAAGCAGGCAGGGAGGGGUGGAUUGCUGCUGUCACACUUUCACACCUAAUGUCUACGUUGGGAUAGAGAGAUUUGAUGUCCGAGGAGGCAGGGUUGGAUGUGAGAGGCAGCAGUGAGGAGAGAAGCAGCCAGGCGCCCAGAGACCCAGAAAGCGAGAGGGCACCAGAGUCCACCCUGAGCGGCACCGCCAACACCCCGACUACCACCUCUACCAGCAGCAUCACCUCCAACCAGCACCACAACAACAGCGCUAGCCCCAUAGCCGUCUCCAGCGGUAGCAGUAGCGGUGGCUCCAGUGGUGCCAUAGGUGUUAGCAUAGUUAGCCGCAGCGCUAAGGGAGCAGAGGGGAGGUCCUCCAUGCAGUUCAGCACCAGACCUCCCAGUGCUGAGCCUGGCUUCAUGGGGACAUGGCAGCAACAGAGCACUGACCAGAGCAACCUCCUCUUCAGAAUGUCCCAGCAGGCCAUUCGCUGCACUCUGGUGAACUGCACCUGUGAGUGUUUCCAGCCAGGAAAGAUCCACCUGCGUACAUGUGACCAGUGCAAGCACGGCUGGGUGGCUCACGCGCUGGACAAGCUGAGCACGCAGCACCUGUACCACCCCACCCAGGUGGAGAUAGUUCAGUCCAACGUGGUGUUUGACAUCAGCAGCCUGAUGCUGUACGGGACCCAGGCGGUGCCGGUCAGACUGAAGAUCCUGCUGGACCGUCUGUUCAGUGUUCUGAAGCAGGAGGAGGUGCUCCACAUACUGCACGGCCUGGGCUGGACCCUGAGGGACUAUGUCAGGGGUUACAUACUGCAGGAUGCUGCGGGCAAGGUGCUGGACCGCUGGUCCAUUAUGUCUCGGGAAGAGGAGAUCAUCACCCUGCAGCAGUUCCUUCGUUUCGGAGAGACCAAGUCCAUCGUGGAGCUGAUGGCCAUCCAGGAGAAGGAGGGUCAGGCGGUCACCGUGCCCUCCUCCAAGACCGACUCAGGCAUCCGGACGUUCAUCGAGAGCAACAGCACGGGACGUGGUCGAAGCCCAGGCCUCCUCAACCACAUUGAGACCAGCAGCCCGUCCAGCAUCCACCACUUUGAGAACAUCCCUAACAGUCUAGCCUUCCUGCUGCCGUUCCAGUACAUCAACCCUGUGUCGGCCCCCAUGCUGGGACUGCCCCCCAAUGGCCUGGCGCUGGAGCAGUCGGGCCUCCGGGGCCUCCACGACCGGGAUCGCGAGGCCAGCCUACCCAACCAGGGCGAGACGGUGGAGAGCAGCGAGUCCGAAGUAUCCCUCAGCCCUUUCCGCAGCAGCGGUCAGAGCCCCAGCCGCAUCGGAGCCCUGGGGGGCAUAAACAACGCCAUCGAGCCCAAACAGGAGCCCAACAACCGGGCAUCACCCAUCUCGCCCACUCCUUCUAACCAGCUGUCCCAGCAGCAGACGGAACAGCAGCAGCAAGGCCAGCAGCAGCAAGGCCAGGGGCAACCCGGGACCCCACGGCCUAGGUCCAACUCCCUCAACGACCACCAGGCCCACCACCACUUUGUGAAGAGCGAGCAGUCCAAGAGCAUUACCCACUCAUCCUUCUCCUCCAAGAUGCACCGCAUGCGCCGCAUGGGAGCCACCUCACGCAAGGGCCGUGUGUGCUGCAACUCGUGCGGAAAGACCUUCUACGACAAAGGUACGCUGAAGAUCCACUACAACGCCGUACACCUCAAGAUCAAGCACCGCUGCACCAUCGAGGGCUGCAACAUGGUGUUCAGCUCGCUGCGCAGCCGCAACCGCCACAGCGCCAACCCCAACCCACGCCUGCACAUGCCCAUGCUGAGGAACAACCGUGACAAGGACCUCAUCCGUGGGUCGGGCCCCGGCACGCCCGUCAUCUCCAGCGCCAAGAGCGGCUUCACCCUCACCAGUCCCGGACGGCCACCUCUGGGUUUCGCCACCCCGCCCCUGGACACCAUGCUCCAGUCACCCCUGCAGAGCCCACUGGUCUUCCCCUCCCUGAAGUCAGUGCAGCCCAUCCAGCCGGUGCCCCCUUUCUACCGUACGCUGCUGUCCCCACAGCACCUGGUCAGUCCUCCAGUGUCACUGCCCACCAGCCCCAUCCUGCCCUCCACCACCAACAACACCUCUCUGAUGGACCAGCAGCAUCAGUCCUGGCUGCCGCCGCAGCCUCCCACAACGCCCACAAUAUGUCUUCUGAAGCAGGAUCCAGCUGCUGCCACCAACACGGACCCCACCCCCAAGAAGAAGCCCCGUAAGUCCAGCAUGCCGGUGAAGAUCGAGAAGGAGGUGAUUGACGUGGCGGACGAGUACGAUGAGGACAAAGACGACGAUGAUGACGACAGUUGUCACCACCACCACCACCACUCCCAGGAUGAGAUGAGCCCAGGCCUGAUGAGGGGACACCUGAUGAGGCACGACCAGGACGACUGCGGUGAGCUCCGCUGCAUGGACAGCUUCACCUCCGAGGACCAGGACCACGAGAGAGACUUUGAGAACGAUUCUGAGACUUCGGACUCCAAGAUGUUCUACCGCGAGGAGAUGAUGGAGGUGGAGGAGCAGCACCAGAGGCUGAGGCUCAACUCCUCCAGGAGCUCCAGAAGCCGCUCCUCACCCUCACCCCACCAGCCCGCCAUCAAGAUUAAGGAGGAGCUCAACGACCCCACCUACGACAUGUUCUGCAUGAGCCAGUACGGCCUCUACAACGGGGGCAUGGCGGCUGCUGCAGCCGCCGCCGCCAGCAUGGCUGCCCUUCACGAGAGCUUCAUCUCCUCCAUGAGCUACGGCGCCAGCCCGCCCAAGUUCCCCCUCGCACUCCCCGAGGGAGAACUGUGCACCAGCCCCAACUCCAACGACCCCAAGAUCUGCUACGUGUGCAAGAAGAGCUUCAAGAGCUCCUACAGUGUCAAACUGCACUACAAGAACGUGCAUCUCAAAGAGAUGCACGUGUGCACCGUGUCCGGCUGCAACGCCGCCUUCCCCUCCCGACGGAGUAGAGACAGGCACAGCUCCAACAUCAACCUGCAUCGCAAACUGCUUACCAAAGAGCUGGACGACAUUGUCCUGGACCCCCAACUCACGCCGCUGCCCAAGGACCUGCGCGCCGAGUUCCUGGCUAAGAUCUACGCCGGGCACCACUUGGGCCUGGACGCCAUGGCAGGGGCGGGCAUUGGCGGCGCCAGCCUGGGGGGAGGAGGGCUGAACCGUGACGCCAGCUCCCCGGCAGGCACCGAUUACCCCCACCCCCACCCCCACCACUACCCCCUAACAGACGACUACAUGGUGCUGGACCUGAGCACCGCGUCCAGCGUUCAGUCCAGCGGGUCAGUCCAUUCAUCACGCCAGUCGGACGAGGGCAGCGACGAGGGCAUCCUAUUGGAUGACCUGGAGGAGGGAGGGGUCAGCGACGAGGAGGACUGCUCCCAGCAUGCCCCGGGGCAGGCAGGGGACGGGAGGCGGCGGGACCAGGUCGGCGAGGGAGGAGUCGGAGGAAGAUCGGAAGAAGGUCUGACCGGCGCCGACCCCUCCUCCUCGCCGACCGUCCUGUCUUCCACCGGUGGCAGUGGUGGGAUCCUGUGCAGCAUCUGCCACAAAGUGUACAGCAACAAAGGGACCCUACGCGUGCACUACAAGACUGUGCACCUGCGCGAGAUGCACAAGUGCAAAGUGGCCGGCUGCAACAUGAUGUUCUCCUCGGUGCGCAGCCGCAACCGCCACUCUCAGAACCCCAACCUCCACAAAAACAACGUGCCCUUCACCACCAUGGUAGACUAGCCCAACCCCAUGGCCCUCGUCUGGCCAACUCUACCCCCUUCCUCGACUCCCUUCUCACCCCAAACCAUGAGCUCUUACCCCCAGGAACUACACCUUACCACCCCUAGACGUCAUGCACCACAGUUCUCUUUCCCUUCGAUGAGAUCCAGUGACUAUAUACAGUAAGCGUUGUGACUUUUGACCUUUCCUUCUUUGGAAGAACGAGGAUGAGACACUUGAAGUGUCUUUAUUCCAAAACUGGCCCUGCCGGUUUCCCAUAAACCCCAUUUCCUAUUUCCCAUAUGUCUUUGUUUUUGUCCAUCUCCAAAGAAUCUAUUCAAACUCUUAUUUGUGACUGUUGCCUGCAGAAAUGAUAAAAAUAUAAAUCUUCUUGUUGUAUUUGUGUAAUGAUAGCUUUUAAAGGAAACCCCAUACAAGAGCAUGACUGCUUCAUUUGUAAAUAAUAUGUCCCAAGAGGCUAUUGGUGUAAAACAAUUGUAUUUGAUGGUUGUUAGCUAUUUUUCUGUUUCUCUUUUUGGUUUUUAUGUUACAGUACAAUACUUCCAGCGCUAAGGUAGGCAAGAAAGAGGUAGCAUCUUUACUAGCUUGACUCAUUUAUGUUAGUUUAAAAACCAUUUUUUAAACUGAGAAGGAGAAGAACUAAUGAUCAUGUGACUUGUUGUAUCUACUUGUUAGAUAUGCGGAGGUUGCCGGCAUGCUUUGUUUUUUGGGCUCCUACACCAAUAUCAUUCUCUGUUCUUUUGUUUUUGUUAUCAUUUAUAGCUUUUACUAUACCAAGUCAGUUUUUCGCACUUUGCAACUAUACAAGCGGGAUGUGUAAUAUUAUUACAAGGACUUUGCAAUGGUUUUGGUUUCCGCGAUGUUCGGGGUCUGAGACGGCCACAGUGCCAAGGGGAAAUGACAUACUUGUGGAAGGUUUAUUUUUUUUGCACGUGUUCAGUUUCAAAAAUGCUAUUUCACAACAAAAGACCCAUAUUUCUCCUGAACGAAUCCAAACAUCCGGCCCAUUUACUCAAAUAAUCGUAUUCAGAAAAAGCCUAAGUAUUUCUACUCUACCAGAUACAAUAACUGACUACAAUACAGCUGCUGUUUUUCAAGGCAGAAGAUUUAAGUAUUGAGGAAUUUAAUUUGUGUUAUUUUCAUUUCAAGGAGUGUAAACCCAGUGUGUGACUGUAAUAUCACAGUACUUAGCUACAGAGGUUGAAGUAGGCUAAUCUUUCUACUGCAUGUGGUAUUUGUGACCUAAAACAAGCGUUGGUUGAGUGUCCUAUUAUUUUAUACACGUUUCCAUGCAAAAAAUGGCCAUCCUAUCAGAAGUAUUGUGAAUGUCACAUUGAUUAUAAAACAAAGAAAUAGUCCUUAAACUGUGACCAAAACAAAAAGAAGCAUUGGUUUUUAAAACAUCUAUAUUUUUCCGCCAUACAGUUGUACUUUAACUUACACCCCAUAAGUUGAUAUGAUGCACUUGAGUCUUAAGCCUUUUGCUAUAUUUUUUCAGUAUUGAUUUCCAUUGCUGAUUGUCAGCUUCAAAGGUGAACUCUGUGAAACUCUGUCGCCAUUGCCUGGCUGUUUUCGGAGUUAUUUGCAGCCAUUUUCCUUGUUUCCAUACACAUCUUAAGGUACAAAUGUUUCAGAUAACUAGGCAAAGUAGCCAGGGGAAGGGGUAUUUAUUGGCAGGUGAUGUCAUCUUGAUGCAGAUGUCUUGUCCAAUAUCAAUUCCUUUUUUUUUUCAAGAAAAGAAAGACAGAUCGGUCUUCAUUUUGAGUCUGUGCCCUUGAGUUGAUGGUUAUUAUUGUGUUUUUGUCGUGUUACUAUGGAUGUGAAAAAAUUGAGAGCUCCUCUUUCUUGAUUGGUGCUUAUCUAAAGGGGAUAAAAACGCACAGUGUUACGUGGUAUACAGUAUUCAAACCCCCGUUAUAUCCAUGAAAGUGUUGGACAGUUUGUUUUUUAUGACUAUUUUGCAAUGGGCAUGAUGGACACUUUGAUGGACACGUUGGUGUCAACUCUUAAGACUUAGCUUCUCCUCUCUCUACCAACCUCCACGACACUGGCAGCAGGCUUCACCCCUCUCCUCUCUCUACCAACCUCCACGACACUGGCAGCAGGCUUCACCCCUCUCCUCUCUCUACCAAGCUCCACGACACUGGCAGCAGGCUUCACCCCUCUCCUCUCUCUACCAACCUCCACGAUACUAGCAGCAGGCUUCACCCCUCUCCUCUCUCUACCAACCUCCACGAUACUGGCAGCAGGCUUCACCCCUCUCCUCUCUCUACCAACCUCCACGACACUAGCAGCAGGCUUCACCCCUCUCCUCUCUCUACCAACCUCCACGACACUGGCAGCAGGCUUCACCCCUCUCCUCUCUGAAGAGAGAGAGAAAGAGCUGAGUGAAAGGGGUUGCGGAGGUGGAGGGCUGACUUGAGAGGAAGGAGGGAUGACAGUGAGUAUCAUUAAAAACGUGCUGUUCCACCGUUACCUGGAGGCCUUCUGACGCUGAUCUGUCUAAUAACUCACUUGUCACUUCAUUACACCACCAGACGUGAAUGUUGCCGACAGGACUGUGACGCCGACAGAGAUCCAAACCGCUCUCUCUCUCUUUCACCACUCUCUCUCCCUGAGAGAAACCACCCCCGCCCCCCUCUUCCCCCUCAACCCACUACUCACCCCCCCCCUCCCUUCACGGGUCCUUUAGGGACACCGACUAAUAGUGUACUCUUAAGUUCACAAAAUGGCCAUCGCCGUAGAAAAAGGAUGUGUAAUUGCCUGUUUAUCCCAGGUGAAGGAAAAACUUUGUACAGGAACCUUCGGCAACACCCUGGAGUGGCACUGAGGCGCAGCCUGCCUCAUUUGCUCAGUGCACCGUACUGCACCUUACCGCCACGGGCCCAGCCGGAGAAGUACAGAAGUGUCACUCCAGGAACCCUGCUGACAGCUGUCUCUCUUUCACACACACACACACACACACACACACACACACACACACACACACACACACACACACACACACACACACACACACACACACACACACACACACACACA